AUGGUCCUCCACCAGUACGACUACCUCCUGGCCGUUGGCACCAUCUUCGCCUUCCUCGACGCCUGGAACAUUGGUGCCAACGAUGUCGCCAACUCGUGGGCCAGUUCCGUCUCGUCCCGCUCCGUCACCUACCUCCAGGCCAUGUGCGGCGCCUCGCUCAUGGAGUUUUCAGGAGCGCUCGGCGUAGGUGGCCGUGUCGCCGAUACCAUCCGAACAAAGGUCGUCGAUGUCAAGGCCUUUUCCGCGUCGCCGGGUCUUCUCAUGCUCGGCAUGGUCUGCGCCGUCACUGCCUCUUCCCUCUACCUCACCAUGGCUACCAAGUAUGGUAUGCCCGUCUCGACUACGCACUCGAUCCUCGGCGGUGUCCUCGGUAUGGGUAUCGGUGCCCUGGGUAACAAGGGUAUUACAUGGGUAGGCUACCACGCCUCUGGCUCUCUUGAUCUCAAGCAGGGUGUUGUCCAGGUCUUCCUUGCCUGGAUUAUUGCCCCCAUCUUGUCUGGUAGUUUUGGUGCCAUCAUCUUCCUCAUCACCAAGUACGGUGUCCUUCUCCGCGCCAACCCCGCCGCCAAGGGUCUCUUUCUCGUGCCCAUCUAUUUUUGGCUGACCUCGUCCCUCAUUGUCAUGCUGUUGAUCUGGAAGGGCGGCGACUACAAGGUCGCCCUGACCGAAGCGCAGAUCCCCGGUGUCAUUGUCGGUGUUGGCGCCGGCUUUGCCCUCCUCAUCACCAUCUUUCUCGUCCCCUGGAUGUACCGUGUCGUCAUCAAGGAGGACUGGCAACUCAAGUCCUAUCACAUCCUCCAGGGUCCUCUGCUGCUCCGCCGCGGUGAGGUGCCCCCUCCCCCGGAGAACUUUACCGGUGUCGUCCGCAACUACUACGAGGGCCACAUGACCCGCGAGGAGCUUGACGCCCAUCGCAACCGCAAUGCCGCUGUUGUCACUGGUGACCUUGAGGGUCAGCACGAGAAGGUGGCCGUCUCGGAUGUCUCCACGGAAGAGCAGCCUCCCAAGUCCACGCACAAGUCUAUCAUCGGUCCCAAGCCCGAAGGUGUUUGGUAUUCUCCCGCUGUCGCUUUCUGGUGGCUCAAGUGGGCUGUUCUUCGUGGUGUCGACCAGGACAUUGUUGGCUCCCAGAGAGAAAAAUCAGUUAUUGCUGGUGACGUGGAGGAGAUUCAUGCCCACGCCCGCCACUUUGACAACAAGGCUGAGUUCCUCUACACCUUCCUCCAGGUCAUGACUGCUGCUGCCGCCUCUUUUACCCACGGUGCCAACGACGUGGCUAACGCGGUCGGUCCUUAUGCUUCCAUCUACCAGAUUUGGAAGACCGAGGUCAUUCCCCUCAAGGCCGACGUCCCCCGCUGGAUUCUCGCCUUUGGUGGUGCCGGUAUCUGCAUCGGUCUGUGGACCUAUGGUUACCACAUUAUGCGCAAUCUGGGUAACCGCGUUACUCUCAUGUCGCCCUCGCGUGGUUUCUCCAUGGAACUUGGCUCGGUCAUUACCGUCAUUAUGGCGACACGUCUCGAGCUCCCCGUGUCCACCACACAGUGCAUCACGGGUGCUAUUGUCGGUGUCGGUCUUUGCAACGGCGACUGGCGUGCCAUCAACUGGCGCAUGGUCACUUGGAUCUACAUGGGCUGGUUCAUCACCGUGCCCGUCACCGGCCUGAUGUCUGGUAUGCUCAUGGGCUUCAUCACCUUUGCCCCUCGCUGGUAA